UAUGUCCCGCAAACUGAUCAGAGAGGAGGGUCUUUUGUGCGGUGGCAGCUCUGGCUCAGCGAUGGCAGCAGCUGUGAAGAUGGCUGAGCAGCUGGAGGAGGGGCAGCGCUGUGUGGUCAUCCUGCCUGACUCUGUCCGCAACUACAUGUACGAGACACAAUGGCAGAUACACUUUGAAUCCAGUGAGAGUCUGGAGGGCUCACAGGCCUUCAUGCCUUCAAAAAUACAGUUGUGGGCAGACGUUUACAUGCACUCAUCAUGCCCAUGAACAUCAAUACUUUUUAAAUAGGGGUGAUGUUAGGACUUUUCAAUGGUCAUUUCACAAGCUUGCUAUUUCCAUUCCAAAACCAGUUUGGAUGUGUGUUUGUGUCCUGCUGGAACACCUUAAUGUGUCCAGGUUUUAUCAGGUCAAGUUUAUCUAGCUGUUAAUUUGAUGUAAAGUUUCAGAAUUUAGAGGUAGUUUUCCUUCUUCAUUAUUUGUGCAUCCAUACACACUACUGGGCACAAAACACCCUUGAGCAUGAACAGAUGCUAUAAUCUUCUUUGUUGUGAAAGCCUCAGCUUUAUUCCUACAAAUACACCUCUUGUAACUGGCCGAAUAGCUCAGUUUUUGUCCCUUCUGAUCAUAAAACGUUGCUUCAGAAGGCAUUUGGCUUGUCUAUGUGGGGCAGCUGCUCUUUUCAGUUGAACUUGAAGCUGCUGAUUUUGGGCCAGGGGCUGGUACGUAUACUUUUGAUCCUGCGUGGAUUAGAGAGAAAAUGUAUUAAAAUUUCUGCUUCCAUUCUUGUUUUGUUUUAGAUGAUUAAAGAUGCAUGCUUUAUAAUCUUUCCCCAUUUAAAAAGAACAUUUUAAUGAAAUCUUUAAAAGCCAGUGAAUGAACAUAUGUACCAAAUUUAACCACAGACCAUCCAACAGUUUUUAGCUCUGUCCUCAAAAAUGUGUAAAUGUGUGUAGAAAUGAAUCAGUCCACUGAACAGUUUAGAGAUCUUCAUGG